AUGUCUACCACUACAACGGAGAAGGACGAAAAGCCAGAGCGGCUCGAUAUGUCUGAUGGUUUGCAGAUCGCUCAACCUGAGACAUAUCCCGAGGCCGUCAACCGCUACUCUGCCAACGGCGAUACGAAGCUGCCACAAAUCAACGAUGAUGAAGAUGGUGGACGCGGUCGUCUGCCGCGGACGAGGUCAUCACGCCUGCGGGGCUCUCACGAUAUUCUGUCGUACCGCACUGCAAUGGAAAGCGAUCAGGAUCAAGCUCCUCACAUCCAGGUCCCGCCUGAUAUGUGGAAGAAGUUCUUUGCUCACCGACGACGUAAAUACUGGUUCACAAUCGCCAUGUCAUUUACCAUUGUCGCUGCACUCGUCGGUACUAGUAUUGGGGGAGGACUCGUGGUGCAAGAGAAAGCCGACAAGUAA